AAAAGAACAAACGUCAUGCCUAACGCUAAUACUUUCCACCUACCUACGCUCCGUCGCCUUUCUCAAGUACUACAGUUGCAGCUCAGAUUUCAUUAUAACAACAGUUACCAUUUCCCAGCAGCAGAGCAAAUCAACAACAUUAUGGAUUCACAGUCACUACAUGGUUCUAUUAUCUUCUCUACCGUUGGCAGGACCAAUUACGGCUUCGAUAUCUUCUCCCUCAAAUCUCCAUUUUCUUUCCUCGAUUCUCCACUCCAUAAUACCCGAUAUCCCGCCGAGCACCGCCUUACCGAUGGUAUCUCUAUUAAUUUCAACGGUCAGUUCGUUGACGAAGAUCAGACUCUUGUCUUUGUUUCCGAGAGAUCAGGCUCUCCUCGCAUUUACUUGCAACGUCCCUCCCAAUUAGGACAGAUUGAACAACUUCCUGAUGGGAGCCCUGAUAGCCUAUUUCUCGACCGUCCUCUUCUUCGAAAUAAACGCCUCUUCUAUAUCUCCGCUCACCAGCCGCCCCAACAAAUUUUCACCAGCUGGUCCGCUCUUUAUUCCACCACCCUCGACGACGAAAAGACUGCUGUCCGCUUGACUCCUUACGGCUGUGUUGAUUACAGUCCGGCGAUUUCGCAAUCUGGGCACUUGAUUGCAGUUGCAUCCUAUGGAGACCGUCGCUGGCCUGGUGAAUUCCAUGAUCUGAGCACUGAUAUUGUUGUUUUUCCAGAAUCCGAUCCCAGCAAGCGGACAGUGGUGUGCCAACACGGUGGCUGGCCAACUUGGUCAGGUGAUUCAACUAUUUAUUUUCACCGCCAAGCUGAUGAUGAUUGGUGGAGUAUUUUUAGAGUUGAUUUGCCAGAGGAUCUCUCCGAUUUGCAAUGCGCUGAUCCGGUUCGAGUCACUCCUCCUGGCGUGCACUGCUUUACUCCUGCAGCUGCCACACACAGCUCCAAAGCAGUGAUUGCUAUUGCCACCAGAAGACCUGGUAAGAGCUAUCGCCACAUUGAAAUUUUCGAUGUUGAGUCGCACACGUUCUAUCCCGUGACCGAGUUGCUUAAUCCUACCAUUCACCAUUACAAUCCGUUCUUCUCUCCUGAAGCUACGUUUCUCAGUUAUCACAGAUACAGGGGUGAAUCAUCACCAGGAGAUACAACUAUUCCUAACUUGGACCCGGUUAUUUCUCCAACAAAAGGACUGAGAAUGCUGAGGCUUAACGGAUCAUUCCCUUCCUUCUCUCCCUCAGGUGAUUUUAUUGCAUUCAAUCAAGAUUUUAAUGCUAAUUCAGGCCUCAAAAUCGUCAAAUCAGAUGGUUCCAAGAGGUGGACAUUGUUCAAAGGUCGUACAACUUUCGGCAACUCCUGGUCACCAGCUGAACCCAACGUGAUACUUACAUCAGUUGGACCUGUAUUCGACUCCGUAAAAGCAACGGUGCAAAUUGCUCGAGUUUCAUUCGACUCAUUAGACCUUACUAAUGACGAUUGCGCUGGGGAAAUUCCAGUAGAAAUAAAAGUUCUCACAAAAGAGGAGACUGGAAAUAAUGCCUUCCCUUCUUGCUCGCCUGACGGGAAGCACGUGGUAUUCCGUUCAGGGCGUUCGGGGCAUAAAAAUUUGUACAUUGUGGACGCCAUAAAGGGAGAGUUGGAGGGAGGAGAAAUCCGUCAGCUAACGAAGGGACCAUGGAUUGAUACAAUGCCGAGCUGGUCACCUGACGGAAAGCUGAUUGCAUUUUCUUCCAAUAGGCACAAUCCGGAUAAUAUCACUUGCUUCAGCAUCUAUGUAGUUCAUCCGGACGGCACAGGUCUCCGGAGGAUCCACGUGGCAGGGCCGGAGGGAUCCGAUGAAGCGGAUAAGGAGAGGCUUAAUCACGUGUGCUUUAGUAAGGACUGUGAGUGGCUGCUGUUCACGGCCAACUUGGGCGGAGUGACAGCAGAACCCGUGUCCCUGCCGAACCAGUACCAGCCUUAUGGCGACUUAUAUUUGGUGAAGUUGGAUGCGAGUGGAUUGCGACGGCUCACGUGGAACGGAUAUGAGAAUGGUACUCCUGCGUGGCACCCCUCGGCAACAACUACGGUGGACGUAAAACGGAGCCUACUAGUAGGCGAUAAGUUAAGGGGUGAAUUCGAUGAUGUCCUAUGGAUGAAUUGUUGAAGCAGAAGAUGUGGCCAGUGAAGAUCAAUCAGAUAUCAUGUUGUUUCUGGUGGUUUGAAGAGUUAAGAGCUCCAUUUGUGUGGGCUGACAACAAAAGUUAUUCACCAGGUUCUUGUCCAUUUUUAGUGGGUGGUAUCCACGUUAAGUAUCUGUAGGAUUUAGCAUGGAAUAAAUUAUGCAAGUUUUGUAAUGAAAAUAAAGAAUGAAGAAAUUGGGGUAUUUACUUGUAUAUUGAGCUCUAUCCACUGUCCCCAGAGUUGACCGAAGAUGUGAAGGAGAAGAAUGCUACUCUAUAAUCAGUACAGUCCUCUGGUACAUAAGCUGGAGUUUUAAAUUCAAGAUUUAGACUCAAAACAGCAGUAUUUGUAAUCUCAUAUUAAGUGGAGACAGGAUAGCAGCAAGAUUUAAACUCACAACUGUAUAUGAUUGCAAUCCAACAUUAAGUGGAGGCAGGAUAGCAACAUUACAUGGCAGAGUUCUAAUUGGACUCAAUAAUCAAGCUUCAUUCUCUGUAUUUAUAGAGGUACUCAUCCUCUAAAUCAAGGAAUGUGAAUACCAUUACUUGAAUCCUUUUAAGCCAA